UAUUACUACACACUACCACUAUCGCCUUCAGCCGUACUCGCCUCUCUCUCUCUCUCAUUUUUCUUUCUUUUUGUGUACAUAAUAUACUCUUCUCCUCCAAAUGCUAGUUGGAAUUCCACAGCUACCGUUGGCACUCGUAGUGGUAGUUGUAUGUCUUGCUUUAUUGUGCGGUGACCGAGUGUUGGUGUCGGUGGAAGCUCAGUCAACGACGACAACGACAACGGCGGCGUGUCAGAAUCUUUGGAAUCACUUUGUCGGCCCCAGCAACAACAGGAUUGAUUCUUGUUGCAACGUAACGUAUGGAACUCUCCAUGUCGGUUGUAAUGACCAACAAGAAAUCACAACCUUAGACUACAGUUCACCAGGAGGACAACAAAGCAGCAACAACGAUAGUAAUAGUAACAAGUGCAACAAUGCUACUCUUCCUGUUCUCUCGGAAUUGGUCAUGCUUGAACACUUGACGUUGAACUAUUAUGUUGAUCAAACUGCAUGUCCGUCGUUUUUCUCUUUUGCUUUAUUCAACAAUCUUACUCGGUUGUCGACGCUAGCAAUCCGAGGCACUCAAUUUUUGUCGUCGUUGUCUGGUGAUAUAAGCAACAACACAACCAACAACAACAGCUCGGUGAGAACCCUCGACCUCUCCGACAGCAACAUGUUUCCAUCAUGGAUACGUGAUAUGUUUCCAUCUGUCAACAACUUGAUCAUGCUAGGCAAUAGUUGGCAGCAAAGCAGCAGCAGUAAUGCAACUUUUACGGCUAUUUCUUCUUUUUGCAAACUAUUAUCGAAUCUUACACUGGAUGUCACUUCAAUGGCGGCAUCGACGACGUCAACGACCGCGAGCAACAGUACUACAUGGUUGUCGAGUUGUACAAACUUGACACAGCUGGACAUUCGACUCGACCUACCAAACUAUGACGUCUCUGAGUGGCUCGGAUCCAUCAUUCCACCACUCUCGGCUUUGCAAAAUCUCACAGUUAUAGCCAGCAAUUCGCAACGACACGCGACGUUUCCGAUAUGGCUGAGCCAAUUGACGCAUCUGUCGUCGCUCACAUACCAUGCCAGCAUUGUCGAUAGGAUGCCGUCCAACGUACUUGCUAGCUUGCCGUUGACAGAAUUGGAUUUGGCUGGUGGUGGUAAUGGCAUAUACGGCGACUUACCUGACGCCCUGUCAAGUGUACAGCUGAGCAAUGUUGAUUUGUCUGGCAACGACUUAUCAGGCAAAAUACCAGCUGGAUUGAGCGACACGGGCUCUUGCGACUUGGACGGCAAUCCCAUCAUGUGUUCCGGAAUUGGCAAUUCGUGGGACGUAUGUCAGCACUGCAAUUUAGUGCCAGGUUUUGGCAGUAUCAUGCGACGCUACAUGAUCCAAUGGAUCGUCAUUGGGACGUGCCUUUUCUUGAUUUUAUGCAUAUGGACUUACAUCACAAUGAAAAAGCAUCAGCAGACAUCAUUCGCCGUUUGGCUCAGCAUAUUCUAUUCUGCUUUCAGUGCUGUGAACCUUUUCACAACCAUUGUCCAUCUCGGUUUACGGAUCCCUUCCUAUACUACGUCGUUUUGCGUGCUUGUCGUCACCACCAUCAUUUACCUUCUUGUUAACGCAUAUCUCUACCGUUACUGCUGUCGACGUUUCAGUAUUCUCGUUAUUCGGCGCACCUGGCCCGUAUUUCUGUUUUGUACACUCGACUUGAACAAUUUCGGCCUCUAUGAGAUCCGGAUGCUCAACCUCUCUGCUUAUCGGUUACCGAUCGAUCAUCGCGUGCCAACAGUUUUGAGCUGGAUCAAGGUGCUGAUUGCAGAUGUGCCGCAUACUGCUGUGGCCAUUUUCUUAAUGAUGCUGCAUGCCCCUGUAGCAUCCGUGCUACUGACCUGUAUCACCAGCGGACUCGGCAUCGUGCGCGCUAUUGUCCAGAUUUUCAUGAUUACCUGUCUCGCACGUAGUCAUCGCAGAUUUCAUCCAAUGACCCGGUCGUCUCCGGGCGACGAUGAAGAUGAGGAUCACCUUCAUCAUCAUGAUCAUUGUCAAACAGCAUCACCCGGUAGCAAGGACGAAACCAAAUUUACUACCGCCGAAUCAUCCAUCCCCAACAAUACCCGAAAUGACCAAGUAGAGUUAACUCAUCUGAUAAAGUAGAUAACCGUACACACGUCUUUGUAAAUCUAUAUUCACUCAUACAUCUAUAUAUAUAUGCAUACCUUACCAUUAUCUUCCCUAGUCACACUCAAUGUUUCAUAACCAUCAACAUCUUCUUUUUCUUAUAUUUCUGUAUAGUCAUUUUGCAUUAAACAUUACU